UCAUUAAAUGUAGCAAUACCGUCACAGUUCUACAAUAGACAAUAGUCUAUGCGCCGCCAUAAUGUCGCUUUCUGUUUUGGUAUCAUCUCACAAUAAAGGAAAUCAAUUUUCAUAACUUAUCGAUGACUUUAGUGAUAAUUCUUAACGCAAAACAAACACCGAAUUCCAGUGUGAUUGAUUGAAAGCUCGCAGCCAUGAACACCACAGCUCCCACGUCGGCAGACGCCUGCCUGAGUAUUGUGCACUCUCUCAUGUGUCACCGGCAGGGCGGAGAGAGUGAGGGCUUCUCCAAACGUGCCAUAGAAUCUCUUGUCAAGAAGCUCAAGGAGAAACGGGAUGAGUUAGACUCGCUGAUCACAGCCAUCACCACAAAUGGGGCGCACCCAAGCAAAUGUGUUACAAUACAGAGGACUUUGGAUGGCAGAUUACAGGUUGCAGGCCGCAAGGGCUUCCCACACGUGAUAUACGCCCGCAUAUGGCGCUGGCCGGACCUGCACAAGAAUGAGCUGAAGCACGUCAAGUUCUGCCAGUUCGCCUUCGACCUCAAGUGCGACUCGGUGUGCGUCAACCCUUACCACUAUGAGCGGGUGGUAUCACCAGGUAUUGAUCUCUCCGGGCUGACAUUGACAUCUGGCCCAAGCCGUCUAGUGAAGGACGAGUACACAGCUGGCUUGAGCGGGAAUGGCAUGGACAUGGACACCGGCGAGUUGGUCACAAUACAGCACCACGCCGCCGCCAGCCCGCGGCACCAUCACUCGCUGCCGCACCACCACCAGCAGUUCCAGGGGACCAACAUCAUCAUAAACCAAACGCAAGCGCCAGAGGGCGUUCCGAACAUGUUCUCGCCGACGCACGGGCCGCGGCCGCACCGGCCGCCCGGGGCGCCGCAGAUGGCGCAGCCUCCACAGAUGCCCCAUCUCUCCCCUGGGCCUCAAAUGAUCUCAAACCACGGACAAAUGACACCCGGCCCGCCUCAAUUAGGACCAGGAACGCCUCAGAUGGGGCAGGGGACGCCUCAAAUGGGGCCGGGAACGCCUCAAAUGUGCCCCGGAACGCCUCAGAUGGGUCCGAGCACGCCUCAAAUGUGUCCGGGAACUCCUCAGAUGUGCCCGGGGACUCCUCAGAUGGGUCCGGGCACGCCGCAGAUGGUGGCCAACACGCCGCAGAUGCCGUCGCCGCGCAUGGCUCCCGCGCCGACUCAGAUGUCUCCGGGGACGCCGCAGAUGCCCAACAUAAGCCAGGGGAUGUCGAUACCUAGCCCGCAACAGAUGGUCAUGAGCCAGCAGAGGACGAUAGCGCCGAAGCUGGAACCCCCGGACACUAUAGACGCGAGAGCGAUGUGGUUACCGAAAAGAAUGAACCAUUCUGCCCUGCCGGUGAGUAUGUCGCCCGGCGGGACGACGCCCCUCAUUGACGGACAAAACACUACGUUCUUCACGUCCGAGCAGACGACUACUGAAACACAAAUGACACAGACUAUAUCAGCGGGUCCUGUGUCGGUGUCAUCAGGGUCGGCCGAGAGUUCCCAACAGAACGGGUUCGCCUCGGCGGGCAGUCCCGCGCCACAACCUAGUCCCCUGCCGCGCACGCAGCACCAACAAGGCACGUGGACGGGCAACAACACGCUGACGUACACGCAGAGCCUCGCGCCGCCCGCGCCCGCGCCGCUAGACGCGCCGCCGCAACACCAUCACUACUAUAACGGUAACCCGGGCGGGCAGCCGUUGUUGUCGCAGCUCCCGGCGCCCGAGUACUGGUGCUCGGUGGCGUACUUCGAGUUGGACACGCAGGUCGGGGAGACGUUCAAAGUGCCGUCUAGCAGGCCCAACGUCACUGUUGACGGUUACGUAGACCCUUCAGGAGGCAACAGAUUCUGCCUCGGCGCUUUGAGCAACGUUCACAGAACAGAGCAGAGCGAACGUGCAAGACUGCACAUCGGCAAGGGCGUGCAGCUGGACUUGCGCGGCGAGGGCGACGUGUGGCUGCGCUGCCUGUCCGAGCACUCCGUGUUCGUGCAGUCCUACUAUCUGGACCGCGAGGCGGGCCGGGCGCCCGGCGACGCGGUGCACAAGAUAUACCCCUCCGCAUGCAUCAAGGUGUUCGACCUACGGCAGUGCCACAGGCAGAUGCAGUCCCAGGCCGCGACAGCGCAGGCCGCGGCCGCCGCGCAGGCCGCCGCCGUCGCCGGUCACAUCCAGCCCGCGCACCCAGGCAUGAACAAGUGUCUAACGGCAGCGGCGGGUAUCGGCGUGGACGACUUGCGGCGGCUGUGCAUCGUGCGCCUGUCCUUCGUCAAGGGCUGGGGGCCCGACUACCCGCGCACCUCCAUCAAGGAGACCCCCUGCUGGGUCGAGGUCCACCUCCACAGGGCCCUGCAGCUCCUCGACGAGGUGCUCCACACGAUGCCGAUCGACGGGCCGCGGAACAACAUCGAGUAGGAGUUGAUCGGCUUCUUUUGAGGCCUUCACGACACCACACAUGUGCAAGUUUGUUUCACAAGCGCGCCGGCGUACCGGGCCCGCGCUUUUAUCGCUUAUCGCUGCGGAUAACAUAUU